AUGGCGAGCUGCGCGGAGAGGAAAUUUGUCAACUUGAGGAGGCGUCUGGACCAGCUGGGCUACAGACAUCCUCUGGGAAUUGAAAACCUACCACUGGUCGAAAAACUUUUCAGUGAUUUGGUCCACACAACUGAAAGUCUGCGCAAUGCAAAACUUGCAGCAAAGUCGGUGAAUGAAAGCCAAAAUUGUGAGGUCCUCCUGGAACCCUACAAGGCAGAUAAUGCAAGGCUUGUCAGGGAGAACAACCGUCUUCACCUUGAACUCCUCAAGGCGAAGGAGGAGAUUGAACAUGUGACCAGAGAGUUAAAAAGCCGCAUCAGAAAACUGGACCUUGACAUGUGUGACAUAAGGUUCUUAAACAAUCAAUACGCGCAAAAGGUCCGCUGCCUGGAAAAAGACAGCAAAACCAAAGCCGAACGUAUCCUGCAGCUGCAGGAGAAAAACCUGCAAGCGGUAGUACAGACGCCAGGUGGAAAAAAACGAAGUAUUGCUUUCCGACGUCAGAGGAUGCAAACCGAUGAGCUCAUCCCUCCUCCUGUAACAUCGGCGUAUCCCGUGACUCAGCCUGACGAUCCGUAUAUCGCGGAUCUUCUGCAACUGGCUGAUAACAGGAUUCUUGAGCUUCAGAACGAAGUCACAAAACUGAAAUCGGAGCUAGCUGAAUCCAAUGAAUGUAUACAGCUCCUUAAUAUCCAAGUAAGUGAGCGGGAACACGAAAUCGAUCGUCUGAACCGUGCGCUUCAUGGAGGGCGACCAUGUGAAGUUGUCGCUUUGGAAGCUAAGAUCUCCAGUAGUGAGAAACUGAUCACUCAACUCAACUUCCAAAUCGAGUACUUACAAGACUGCAACAAAACACUUGAGGAGAAGGUGGAGGGACUACAGCAAAAGUCCUCCAGCCAAGUGGCCGACCUCUCCUUGAAGAAUUUUGAACUGUGUCAGGAACUGACCCAAAUUGACGACCUGGCCACACGGAUGGAAAUGGAUAAGGAGCAAGCGCUGGAAAUGGCUGACGUGGAGUUGUGGGAUAAUAAAGAAGUCAUUCAAAAUCAAAAGGAAGUCAUCAAAGAUUUGGAGGACAAGCUUGAAAAAAUAAAAGUGGAACUUUCUCUGCGCAAUUCUGAGAAAGGUUCCUUUGAAAAGCAGCUGGUUGAGGUUCAAAGACAAAACAAGAAAUUGGAGGAAACGCUGGAAAUUCUUAAUGCUGACAAAAAAAGGCUGGAAGAAAAAGUGGAAAAGAUGAUGUCUGCUGACAAAGACAUGGUGCUGGAGCUAGAGGCCAUGCGAGCCAAACACGGUGUCUGCGGACGGGAACGCUCGCCAUCUCGUCUGGAUGCCUUCGUCAAAAGCCUUGAGGAGGAGCGUGACCGCUACCGUCGGGAAGCCGAACACCUGAGAACCCUCAGAGGGGCUGGAAACCCCGUUCGCAGUCCGAGCCGGAGUGGUAGUCCUGGAAACAAAGUAAUCAGCGAAAGUAGAACAGGAAGCAUCACACAAUCCGACUUGCUCGUUGUGGUGAGGGAGCGAGAUUUGCUGAGGACGGCUCUGCAGGAAAUGGAGGAGCACACAGAGGACAUCCAAACCAAUGUUAAAGCCCUCAGCGCGGAGAAAGACCAUUUCAAAACCAUGUUUCAUAAGAUGCAAGAAAAGCUGCAGAAUGCCUGUCAAAGUUCAAGCACUUCUGAUGAAGUUUUGAGGCUAAAACAGGAGCUCAGGCUUGCAGAAAGUAAAAUUCUGCAGGUCGAAACAGAAAGGCAAUUACUGAUGGAGGAAUUUAAGGUUGGCCAAACGUCCGCUCUCCCAAAUGGGAAUAUGCAGGAAAAGAGGAUUGUUGAUAUGCAGAGUGUCAUCCAGAGUAUGGAACAGGAGAACCUGGAUCUGCGUGCACAACUCUUUGCGCUGAAGGACAGCAAGCGGGACAUGGAGCAGAAGUUGGACGUUCAGUCAAGUGCUCUGCUUCAGAGUGCCGAAGAGGCGACGCAGCAGAGGACAGCAGCCUCUGCGCUGAGGCUGCAGCAGGAGCAGAUGCAGUAUUCGCUCUCUGAUCUACAAAACAAGCUGACUGUAAAGACCGCCGAUCUACAAGCCGCUCACGAACAGUUGCAAAUACAGGACGAGACAAUUGAGGUGUUGCGUCAGCAGGUGUCCAAGCACCAGCAGGAUGCCGAAGUUCUUCAUAACUCCUUCUCUGCGCUGGAUAAGGAGAAGGAUUGUCUCCAGGAUGAGGUGGACCAAAAGACUGAGAGACUAGUUGUCCUACAGGAGGAACUUGCAAACAAUGCAAAAAACCUGAAGGAUGUGAGGUUUACAGUCACUGCGAUGGACAAAUCUAUUGCUCAACUGCAGGGCGCGCUCAACAGCCGAGAGAGGGAGCUGGCCAGUUUGCGAAAACAACUAGAUAAUGCGCAAAUGGAGCUAGCGCGACUACAGAAAACUCAGGAGAUGGUAGCCAGUGAGAAGAGGAACCUUCACGAUGACCUGACCACUAUGACCAGAGAGAACCAAACGGUCCACGUUGAGUUGAAGGAGGCUUUACGUGAGCGCGAUGAGCUGAAACUGAGGACACACUCUUAUAUCACUAAAGUGGCCAAAAUUGAGAACCUGUUAAAGACAAAGGAGCAAGAGAACCUGGACCUGCAGGAGCGCCUCCACACAACUACACACCAGCUGCAGCAAAUGGAGGAGCACCAGAACUCCACCCGCUUGGAGCUGCGCACGUCCAACACUGAACGCCGUCACCUGCAAGAAGCCGUCGGCCGCAAGGACCUCGAGAUUCAGCAGCAUCAGCAAGCUCUGAUGGCGUACGAGACCAAAGUGUCCACGCUGGCCCGUACCAUGGCGCGACUGGAGGAGGAGCUGCACAAGGCUAAGGAGGAGAAUGCUUCUCUCGCGUCCAAUUUGGCUUCAUUCAGGGACCUGUGCGCGAAACUGGACUCUGCUAAGGCGCUCACCGCAAGGCAGGCCACAUCAAAGAGCAUGGAACUUGAGAGGCUGGAAGGAGAGCUCGAAGAUGUGCGCUCCGAAAAGGAGCUGCUAAAAAAGCAGCUGGCCAGCGAGCGACUCACAGUCCGCAACCUGGAGACACUGGUGUCCAGCAAUCGCCAGCAAGUCUUGGAGACACACCUGACGGCCAACGAAAAGGAGUCUGAGCUGAAGGUCCUGCGAGAUAGACUCACUAUGGCCGACAACAAGAAUACUGAGCACGCGAGGGACGUGUCCAACCUCCGCUCAAAGGUCUCCCAGCUGCAGAAAGAGAUGGAAGUACUCAACAGACAGCUGACGUCAGAGCGCUUUGAACGUGAGCGGGCCGUGCAGGAGAUGCGGCGUCAAGGCCUGUCUAUCUCGCCGCUGCGGAGCUCCUCGUCCCUGAACGUCUCGACUGGUUCACAGCGCACGUCCAUCAACACCCCCACUGAAAAGUCAGAUGAUUAA